UUUGGAAUCAUUACUUAUUUUCAUUUUCCUAAUAUUUAUAAAAAAAAUUUCGAUUGGUAUUAUAUAAAAAAAUUUAUUAAAAUUAAUGGCAUUCAAUAUUUGCUGAAAUGGCUACAUCUGGAAAAAAGAAACCUAAGAAGAUACCCAUAGAACUUGGAACUUCUGUUUCAUCAUGGGCCCAUGAAAUGGAACAUAAUAAAAUAGAUUCCACUCAUAUUACCUAUGGAUGUAAUACAGCUAAAACUUUCCCAUCUGCUCCCAGAGCUGCUUAUGAAAAUAUUGAGGAUUUUAGCCAUAUACCUGAUAAGCCACCUUUUAGAAUACAAUUAAAAAAUUUACCCUAUCUAAUCGAAAGCUCUCAAAUUGAAAAAUUUUUUGAAAAAUUAAAGAUAACAGAACUUAACUUAGGUACAAAGGGUAUAGGACAGAUUGAAUUCAAUUCCAGAAAUGAUAUGAUAGAAGCUAUGAAAAAGAAUCAAGAUACGUUGAGUGGAAGGACAAUAAACAUUGAAGUAGCCACCUACAUGCCUUAUGAUAACAGAUCCAACAAUUAUGGCAAAUAUCAAUAUCAAACUGAUGCACCUUGGAAAUUUCAAGAUACUAAUAAUCCAUCCUUCAAUUAUGAAAACAGAUCCAGAGACAGCAAUCGAAGGGGUAGUGAUUAUGCAAGCUCGAAUCGCAAUAGUCAAAGAAACUAUGAUACAUCUUAUGGUUCGAGAAAUAACCUUUCUAACCCCAACAAUUCUUUGCACCAGCAACAGACCCACGUCAAUAGAGCUCCAUAUACCGGUUCCAUGUCUGAUUAUGGGAAAUCGACUGGAUUUCCACCAAAUUCACGAUUUAACGAAUCUAAUAGUUAUACUGGAAGGGGCCAAAAUCGAGCGCCUUCCUUCGAACGUCCACCUUCACUAUUUCCUAAAUAUCCCAAUUCUAAUCAAAAUCUCCCACCUUCUAGCCAACCUGCACCAGAUGGCAAAAAAUAUAAUAUUUCUGCCGACGGUGAAAAGAAACCUGCUUUCAACCUAUCAAAAUUGCUGGCAGAAAACCCCGACGAUCCUACCCCUAUCGAAUCGAAAAAGUAUGCCUCCAUAUUUGGGGAGGCUAAACCCGUUGACACUGCUUCUGUCGAAGCCAGGAUUGAGGCUAAGCUUAUACAACAGGAAAGGGAUAAGAGCCUCAGCAAAACAAGUACUACCAACGAACCACCUAUUAUCAGAGGAAGGAAUAGACUGGACUCUGGUAGCGAAAAAUUAAUGGGCAGGAGUGCCAGCAUUGGCUCUUUCGAACACAAUCAUGAAGAGGACAAUUUUAUACCGGCUAAUCAUAGAGGCAAUAAUUACAGACAACAAUAUCAUAACGACCCUUUUCUGCCACCCUAUGGGAAACUGAACAAUAAUCCUUACAUAUCACGCAAUGGGCCUUCUUACAAUUCUCACACUUCUAGUCGUGGUUCGGAAACAUCCGAUAGGAAAGACAGUCUCACCAAUGAUAGCGCUAAAUAUGGGCUGAUGAGCCCUCCUCAAUCCAGACAUCCACCUCAUUACGAUAACAAUCAACGCUACGAACCAGCUAAAUAUCAGGGGGCAAGAUCCAUGGAUUGUAGUGAUCCCAAGUACCUCAUUAGAAUUCCUCCUUCCAAUACUUAUGGUCCGCUAUCUAACCAGAGGCGACAAAGCGCAGAUCCACGUGGCGCCUCACGUAACUUUUAUCCUUCUGAGAGGCAUUAUGAAAACGAGGAAGAUCAAAAUUAUCCAACAAAUGGUAGUGGUGGAAUGAAUAGACAAAGGCUUCCUAACAACAGCUCUAAUAAAAAAAGAGGCGGAGGUAAUUACUCUAAUCAAGCAUUUAACUCUAAGGAUUUUGUGUUUCGUCGAAAUGAUGAUGAGGUGAAUGGCAGGUCGGUAUCUCAACAACACACACAGCAGCAGACCCAACAAAGGAGAGAAGAAGAAAGGAGCGAUGCUCCUUUUUACAAAAAUCAAUUUCAAACAUUGGACACAUUGGAUGAUGAAUGAAAAAGUCUUCUUAUUGCGAGAACAGAACGAAAUAUGAUUAUUUUAUGAAUUUUAUUUGAAGAAAUUUGACAUAAUUGUUUUUUUAAAAAUAUUUUAAUUUUUGUUAAAAUCUGCCCCUAUUUCUAUCCCGCGCAUUUUUUUUUCUACCUUUGGAAAUAUUUUAUUAUGCAACUUCUAUUUAAUUUUCUUUGACUUAUGUUCAUUAAUUUAAACAACUUAUUAUUUGGUUACGAUGAAUUUUGAGAUCUAAAUUUCAUUUUCUAUAUUAAUCUAUAUUUACAUAAGGUUUCUAAAUGGUAUUAUUAUUAUACCUUAUUACUAAAAAUAAUUAAUUAAGCACGAGCCUAAAAACAUUGUCUUUUUUAUUUAAGUUUUUACCCUCACCCUUCCCCCGCCACAUCUUUAUAAAAAAAACUAUCUUGUUAUGACGCAAUUAAUUUGCUUUUAUGGUAUAAAAGCAUUUAUUUUGCUUCUAAGCUUCCUAAUUAUAAUUAAUAAAAAUUCAAAAUACGAAUUUUAAGAUAUUAUAUCCCAUUUAAACAAAAUUAAAAUAUGUAUUGUAUACAUCGUUGGAAAAUUGUCUUUUUGAAAUUGAUAUUCUACCUAUCAUAUUUAUAUAUAAAAUUUAACCCCUCAACUAACUUAUUAUUUGAUCUACACAAUUAUAUAAAUAUCAUUGAGAAAUAUUUAAUUUUUAUAUUGAUAAUUAUUUUAUCUCUCUCAUCUAAAAAAUUUAUAGAAGUUAAGUCGGUCAAUAUUAUCUUUAUAAAUUAUUAUUUCAAAAUAUUAC